AUGGGUGGCUUUGCGAGUAUCGGCUUGGUCUGGAAGUUCUUUAUCGUUUUUGCGUGCCUGCUCGUGCUCACAAUCCUUGCUGGAUUCUGCAAGCUGCUCUACAGCAGACAACAGUUGAAGAAGCACAUUGCGCUCAAGAAGCAGCAGACGACAGCGGAGACGGACAAUCUAGCCUUGAAUGAUAGAGAGAGGGACGAGGGCGAUCUUUUUGGAAUCAGGGCAUUGGAAGCUGGAUACUAUGGCGGCGUCGCCCAAUCUCGCCCGACCUCUCCCACCGGAUCCUCAAUGCGUGCCUCUUCCCGGCAUCCUUCCGUCAGCACCAACACUUUGAUCGGCAGCGCCGUUUCUCAGACACCAAAGCUUAUCUCCCCCGCCACCAGCGUCACGCAUCUGCCUCAUGGCACAAACGCUUCUGGAGAUGCUGCUCCCAAGCCACCGUCGUCGCCGCCGCGCAGGAACGCGCAACUCACCUUGAGGCUGGAGCCCUCACAAGCAGAGCUUACCGGCAGGAAGAACCACGGCGUCGUUGAAGUCGCCGCCCAGACGGAGGCUUCUCCCGGGGAGCCCGCAUCUCCCACCACCCCCACCUCCCCCAUCUCCCCCAAAUGCGUAUCCCGCCCCGACAUGGAGCCCGAGUCUCCGAUCAUCCGCAUAUCGGCCGUGUCCAACGACCGUGGAGAGAGCUCCACGUCACCUGAACUUCUCCGCCCUGCCGUUUACCACCCAGAAACACCGCAGCUUCCCGUGGUGGAGACGGUGUCGCGCAUCUCGUGGAGGCCUUCGACUGCCGAUGACACGGCGGCAAAUGCCAACUCGAUGGCCGCCUCGUUGGAUUACACCAUGGGCGCUCCCUCGACGGGAAGCAAUCCUUCAUCGCCCGCGCGUGGCGCAUCGCCGCUCCCGUCGCCCGUCAGGGUGUACCCGCAAUCUUACAUCCCUCGUCGUUCGAGAGACGAGGCGCGCUCGAUUUUCCCCGCCGAGUCUCCCGAACCGCGAUCGAGAAAGGGCUCCUUGUCGUCAAUCAGGAGCCGUCGCGCUAAAGCCGAGGACGAGGGAGACAUCCCCGCUGUGCCAUCUCUAGAAAUCGAAGCCAACUUUUACAUCCUCCAACCCUCCGUCUAUGUGCCGCAACACAAGCGCGAUGUGAGCGCAUCGGAGAGCGCGUACAGCACCGACUCGCUGCGCCGCCGGUCGUCGGUCUCCAGCGCCGAGACGGUCACAGGAGAAGCAUUGCCGGCCACCACCAAGUUUGGUCUCGAGCGCAGUGACAGCAUGUCCAGCCGGCGCCAUAGCAUCGGGGCCAACUCGCUGAUGCCCCCGCCCUCGCCGAAUCCAGCGGGCACAGACCGGUUCAGCGAAUUCUUCGACGCCUACUACCGGCAUUCGCAGUCGAUGGUCGGGUCGGAACCGAGCGUCGAGGCUGUGCGAGUGGAAACGUUGGCGAUCCCGAGGCAUUCGACCAUCGUCGAGGUGCCAACGCCACUCGCGUCGCCGAUGCCCGACAAGAAGCGCAUGAGCGUGCGGGUUACUGAGGCCGAGGCGGCGUUCUGA